AUGGGCGCGAGCGAGAGUAUGCCCAUCCCGGGUGGCGGCACCGAGGGCUACCACGUCCUGCGGGUCCAAGACAACUCGCCCGGGCAGCACGCCGGUCUCGAGCCCUUCUUCGACUACAUCGUCUGCAUCGGAAACACGCGUUUGGACAAGGACAACGACGUGAUGAAGGAGGUGCUGAAGCAGCACAUCGAGAAGCAGCUCGAGCUCACCGUCUACAACAGCAAGACCCAGAGCGUCCGCCAGGCCACCAUCGUCCCCUCGAAUAUGUGGGGCGGCCAGGGUCUUCUUGGCGUCUCCAUCCGCUUCUGCUCGUUCGACGGGGCCUCGCAACACGUCUGGCACGUGCUGUCGGUGCAGCCGAAUUCUCCAGCUUCCAUUGCCGGGCUCGUUUCGGACACGGAUUACAUCCUUGGCGCCGAAUCGGUGCUGAACCAGGCCGAUGACUUGGCCGCCCUGGUCCAGGCUAACGAGGGCCGCCCGCUGAAGUUGUACGUCUACAACGUCGAUUCGGAUGUGGUGCGCGAGGUGACGCUGACCCCGAAUUCGGCUUGGGGAGGCGAAGGAUGCCUGGGAUGCGACAUUGGAUACGGAUACUUGCAUCGAAUCCCGCUCUCCACUGAGAGGCCUGCCGGGCGUCCCGUGCCUCAGCGAGCCCCAUCGGCUGCUACCGUCCAGCCGCCGACCGCCGGCUUCACCGGCAUCCCACAGGUGGACCAGGUACUCCCUCAACAGCAGCCCCCAUCAUUCCCCGAUCCGUCCAAAUUUGCCGCCCAGCCUCCAAAUCAGUUUGGCACCCCCCAGGGCUACCCAUUGCCCCCGGCGCCGAACAUGACGACGUCGCUGCCCGCCCCACCUGCCCCGUUGCCCCCAUAUUCGGUGGACCAGCUCAACUACCAGGCGCAGCAGAUGAACAUCUCCGGCCAUUCGACGCCCGCCCCGGUGCCGCAGCCCGUUCCACAGCCACCGCCGCCUACUGAGCAGCACACCCCCUCGCCGACGCCGCAAGUCUACGCACCGCCGCCUCAGCAGCAGCAGCAGCAAAGCUGGGCCCCGCCUCCGCCACCGGCCGCUUCUACCCCCCAGCCGCACUACCAACAAGCCCCGCCUGCCCAGCAGUAUCCGACCAGUGUUGCUUAUCCCCCGGCUCCACCGCCUCCCAGCGCCUACCAGCAAAACUACUACCAGCCGCCGGUGGCCCCGCAGCAGCCUGCUUACACCGCCGUUCCAUCCCCGAUGCCGGCCAUGUUCUCAUCUCCUCCGGCUCCGGUUGCCUCGAUGCCACCCACUUCUUACGGAGGCCCACCACCGCCCAUCCAAUUCCCGAUGCCGUCCCUGUCGUCGAUCGGCAUCUCCAACCUGGCCGCCCCUCCGCAAGGCGUCUACUACCCGCACCAGCAGCAGAAUGCCGUCCCGCCACCCCCGCAGACGGGCUACUACCAG